AUGUCGAGCGUUUUACUAACCCUUAUAUUCUUUGUGAAUUUGGUAUUAUCAUCGGUCAUCCCCGAAGCUGACCUCAAAUUAACAGUUGAAGAGCAAUCACAUUUAGAAGGCGACCCUCAAGCUACUCAUAAAGUGGUGUUUACAGUUAAACAUGGUGAUGAAGUAUUGGGUGAUUUGAGUCUUGCAUUAUUUGGAGAAACAUGUCCCAAAACCGUUGAAAAUUUCUAUCAAUUGGCCAAUAGAGGAGACGAUGGUCAUGGUUAUAGAAAUAGUAAAUUCCAUCGUAUUAUUAAUAAUUUUGUUAUACAAGGAGGCGAUUAUGAUGGUCAAGGUGGGAAACUGAUCUAUGGCGAUAGAUUUAAUGAUGAAAAUUUCAUUUUAAAACAUAAUAAAUUAGGAAGAUUAUCUAUGGCAAAUGCUGGACCCAACACUAAUGGUGGACAAUUUUUCAUUUUGAAUGGUGAUAGUACCCCACAUUUAGAUGGCCAUCAUGUAGUUUUUGGACAAUUGGUUGAUGGGUUUGAUACUUUACAGAAAAUAAGUACGGUUGAAGUCAAAGACUCGAGUCCUUUGAAACCAGUGGUUAUUAGUGAUGUCAAAACUGCCAUUGCUAAAUCAAAGGACAACCAAAAAGUAGUUGCGGAGUCGUCAUCAUCAUCACCAGAAACUGAAGGAAUCACACCAGUUUCAACUUCAGUUUAUAGCUAUUUGUUUAUAUUCCUUUUGCUAGGUGUUGUCUUUGCUGCAUAUAAGAAAAUGCCUAGACGUGAUCAUAUCACUACUAUCAAAGACUAA